AUGUCCACCUUUGGCACUCUCUUCCGAGUGACCACCUACGGAGAGUCUCACUGUGCAUCCGUCGGAGCAAUCAUUGACGGCUGUCCACCUGGUCUACCCCUAGAAGCCAAGGAUGUGCAGGUACAGCUGAGUCGGAGAAGGCCAGGUCAGAGCAACCUCACCACUCCCCGGGAUGAGAAGGAUUUGGUGCAGCUGCAGUCGGGGAUCGAGCACGGCAUUACGCUAGGAACGCCCAUCGGGCUGCUUGUUCGGAACGAGGACCAGAGGCCGAAAGAUUAUUCUGAGACAGAUCUGUACCCUCGUCCGAGCCACGCAGACUGGACGUACCUCGAGAAGUACGGCGUGAAGGCGAGCAGCGGCGGAGGCAGAAGCAGCGCGAGAGAGACCAUCGGUCGCGUCGCUGCGGGCGCAAUCGCUGAGAAGUACCUCAAAGUCGCGUACGGCGUCGAGAUCGUCGCGUUCGUCUCAUCCGUUGGGAAAAUCCAUAUUCCUUCCGCGGCAGUUUCUCCCUCGAAUGAAGAUGACGACACGACAGCAGAGGCGCUGAGUCCCGAGUUCCGCCAGCUCUUGAGCACUGUGACGCGAGCACAGGUCGACGCGCAUCCGACGCGCUGUCCGCAUCCCCAGACCGCAGAGCGCAUGACACAGCGUAUCAUCCGCGCAAAGGACGCGCUCGACUCGAUCGGCGGGACGGUGACGUGCGUAAUCCGGAGGGUGCCCUCGGGGCUGGGCGAACCCGUGUUCAACAAGCUGGAGGCGACGCUGGCGCACGCGAUGCUGUCCAUCCCCGCUACGAAGGCAUUCGAGAUCGGCUCCGGCUUCCGCGGAACGGAGGUACCAGGGAGCAGGCACAACGACCCGUUCGAACGGCGAGCAGACGGCUCUCUGGGAACGAAGACGAACUGGAGCGGCGGCAUCCAGGGCGGGAUUUCGAACGGGGAGGAUAUCUACUUCAGGGUGGGGUUUAAGCCUCCCGCGACGAUCUCGCAGGCACAGCAGACGGCACAGUAUGAUGGCACUCUAGGCACGCUGGAAGCGAGGGGCCGGCAUGACCCGUGUGUAGUGCCUCGUGCAGUGCCCAUCGUCGAGUCCAUGGCGGCGAUCGUCAUCCUCGACCAGCUGCUCAUCCAGAAUGCGCGCAGAACAGCUGCGGCGCUCCUCCCGCCCAUCACGACGCUUCCGCCAACCAUGGUCAAGCCACCAGAGUCCGACUAA